AUGCAGGAGUGUGAAGUUGCUACAUUUCUGGGAGAGCACAGAGUAUGGUGCCAUGGAAACACAUGUUAUGCGUUGACGGUAACGAUAAUACUGCGUGAACUGGAUAUUGCGGCGCGUCGAACGUUAGAGGCCUUUUGGAUCACCUCCGGGAAGAAAGGCAUGCAUUGCAUCGACUGCACGAAACGCAAAGAGAUGGAUGUAUUCUUCAUAAUGCACGCUUCUGAUGAAUCUACGGGAUACUUUGAACACCAUACAUCCGCCCUUGUUCCUUCCCCGUCUCCCCACUGCCCACUCGACAGAGAGCUCAAUCGGACCUUAGCACUUGUGCCCCAAAAAGAUUCAAAGGCUGAAGGACCGAAGCUGAUGGGACCAUGGGACCACAGCGAAGUGGAUGAAUAUGAAACCAUGCCCAGUUACCGGACAUUCUUUCAACUGGCCGAACUGAAAAAAAGAAAGACUGGACUGGAACAAGCUGACGCCGUUAAGGCGUUUCCCUACAAAGCCAAAGCUAAUCUCAAGAAAUGUGGCAAAACUUUGCCCCAUUCCAAUAAAUAG